UAACGGUGGUGGCGACGCGCACCCCGGUGGGGGUCCGGGCUGGAAAACCGCGGCAAGGGGCGUGGCCCCGAGGAGGCGGAGACAAGAUGGCUGCCCAGAGUGCUUGGAGGACCUAAGAGGCGGCGGCCGGGGCCACGCCCCGGGCAGGAGGGCCGCUCUGUGCGCGCCCGCUCUAUGAUGCUUGCGCGCGUCCCCCGCGCGCCGCGCUGCGGGCGGGGCGGGUCUCCGGGAUUCCAAGGGCUCGGUUACGGAAGAAGCGCAGCGCCGGCUGGGGAGGGGGCUGGAUGCGCGCGCACCCGGGGGGAGGCCGCUGCUGCCCGGAGCAGGAGGAGGGGGAGAGCGCGGCGGGCGGCAGCGGCGCUGGCGGCGACUCCGCCAUAGAGCAGGGGGGCCAGGGCAGCGCGCUCGCCCCGUCCCCGGUGAGCGGCGUGCGCAGGGAAGGCGCUCGGGGCGGCGGCCGUGGCCGGGGGCGGUGGAAGCAGGCGGGCCGGGGCGGCGGCGUCUGUGGCCGUGGCCGGGGCCGGGGCCGUGGCCGGGGACGGGGCCGGGGCCGGGGCCGGGGCCGCGGCCGUCCCCCGAGUGGCGGCAGCGGCCUUGGCGGCGACGGCGGCGGCUGCGGCGUCGGCGUCGGCGGCGGCGGCGGCGGCGGCAGCAGCGGUGGCGGCGGCGCCCCCCGGCGGGAGCCGGUCCCUUUCCCGUCGGGGAGCGCGGGGCCGGGGCCCAGGGGACCCCGGGCCACGGAGAGCGGGAAGAGGAUGGACUGCCCGGCCCUCCCCCCCGGAUGGAAGAAGGAGGAAGUGAUCCGAAAAUCUGGGCUCAGUGCUGGCAAGAGCGAUGUCUACUACUUCAGUCCAAGUGGUAAGAAGUUCAGAAGCAAGCCUCAGUUGGCAAGGUACCUGGGAAAUACUGUUGAUCUCAGCAGUUUUGACUUCAGAACUGGAAAGAUGAUGCCUAGUAAAUUACAGAAGAACAAACAGAGACUACGAAAUGAUCCUCUCAAUCAAAAUAAGGGUAAACCAGACUUGAAUACAACAUUGCCAAUUAGACAAACAGCAUCAAUUUUCAAACAACCAGUAACCAAAGUCACAAAUCAUCCUAGUAAUAAAGUGAAAUCAGACCCACAACGAAUGAAUGAACAGCCACGUCAGCUUUUCUGGGAGAAGAGGCUACAAGGACUUAGUGCAUCAGAUGUAACAGAACAAAUUAUAAAAACCAUGGAACUACCCAAAGGUCUUCAAGGAGUUGGUCCAGGUAGCAACGACGAGACCCUUUUGUCUGCUGUUGCCAGUGCUUUGCACACAAGCUCUGCGCCAAUCACAGGGCAAGUCUCCGCUGCUGUGGAAAAGAACCCCGCUGUUUGGCUUAACACAUCUCAACCCCUCUGCAAAGCUUUUAUCGUCACAGAUGAAGACAUUAGGAAACAGGAAGAGCGAGUACAGCAAGUACGCAAAAAAUUGGAAGAAGCACUGAUGGCAGACAUCUUGUCUCGAGCUGCUGAUACAGAAGAGAUGGAUAUUGAAAUGGACAGUGGAGAUGAAGCCUAAGAAUAUGAUCAGGUAACUUCCGACCGACUUUCCCCAAGAGAAAAUUCCUAGAAAUUGAACAAAAAUGUUUCCACUGGCUUUUGCCUGUAAGAAAAAAAUGUACCCGAGCACAUAGAGCUUUUUAAUAGCACUAACCAAUGCCUUUUUAGAUGUAUUUUUGAUGUAUAUAUCUAUUAUUCAAAAAAAUCAUGUUUAUUUUGAGUCCUAGGACUUAAAAUUAGUGUUUUGUAAUAUCAAGCAGGACCCUAAGAUGAAGCUGAGCUUUUGAUGCCAGGUGCAAUCUACUGGAAAUGUAGCACUUACAUAAAAUAUUUGUUUCCCCCACAGUUUUAAUAUGAACAGAUCAGGAAUUCUAAAUAAAUUUCCCAGUUAAAGAUUAUUGUGACUUCACUGUAUAUAAACAUAUUUUUAUACUUUAUUGAAAGGGGACACCUGUACAUUCUUCCAUCAUUACUGUAAAGACAAAUAAAUGAUUAUAUUCACAGAC